UUGCAAACAAUACCCUUCUUACCUUUCUACACGUUCUUAACCACUCCGAUAGUUUGCACACGGCCCCCCUCACUUCAACUCAAGAAGUCAACUCUCAUACAACUCUCAUACUUCUUUCAGAUCGUGCGUCAGGAUCUAUCCAUAAAGCUUAACCAUGGACUACAACCCCGCCGAGCACGACGAGAUCGUGUCUCAGUUCUGUAACAUGACAGGAACCAAGCCCGCUGAGGCACAAGAGUACCUUUCUACCAACGGAUGGGAUGUGGAAGCUGCCGUGACCGAGUUCUUCGCGGAGCAAGAUGAGGCGCUACAGGAUAUGAACACCGGUGGUGGCCGACGACUGGGCACGGAAGAGACAGCUCAAACAGCCGUAGGAGGUCGUUCUCUCGGAGGGGGCCCAGUUCCAGCUUCCUCAUCUGCCGCGCCCCAGUCGUCAUCGAGCAGACGGGCUGCGUCAAAGAAGAAGUUUGCGACAUUGGGUGACUUUGCCACAGGAAGCGGGGGUGACUCUUCCUCAGAUGAUGGCUCAGAGGACCAGGACUUCUUCGCUGGUGGAGAGAAAUCCGGCCUGGCCGUGCAAAACCCGGAUGACUUGAAAAGGAAGAUUCUCGAAAAGGCCCGCAGAGCUCAGCCACCUUCCUCAGACGAGCCUCAGUCCCGACCAUCUUACUUCACCGGAACCGCCCGCACCCUUGGGGGCGACGACGCUCCUAGCCGAGUUAUCGAAGAACCAUCCGAACCUCAACCACAACGUACCCAGCGCGUCCACCGAACCCUUCACUUUUGGGCUGAUGGGUUUUCCGUCGAUGAUGGCGAGCUAUACCGCACCGAUGACCCUCGCAAUGCUGAGAUCCUGGAAGGCAUCCGCCAGGGUCGCGCUCCUCUGACUAUCAUGAAUGUUCAAGCAGGGCAAGAAGUUGACGUCGAGCUGAAGCAACAUGACGAGAACUACGUGAAGCCCAAGCCCAAGUACAAGCCCUUCUCUGGUGUCGGACAGCGGCUUGGAAGCCCUACUCCUGGCGUGGCAAGCAGCCAGUCCUCUACUCCCUCCGCUGCGACCACUCCCUCUACGACCGGGCCUCCUAAGCCUGAAGUGGAUGAGUCGCAGCCGACGGUUACUUUGCAGGUACGCCUGGGAGAUGGCACUCGACUGACAUCCCGAUUCAACACUACUGCCACCAUCGGCGAUGUCUACGACUUCGUUGCAGCCGCCACGUCCGAUGGCCGGAACCGCGCGUGGGUGCUCAUGACCACAUUCCCUAGCAAUGAGCUUAGUGACAAGAACGUGACUCUUGGUGACUUGCCAGAGUUCAAGCGAGUGGCGGCGGAGACAGACUACAGCUCGAACGCCUAAUGGUUAGAUUCGACGACAUAAAUUAUGAUGCCAUCAUGUUGGCUAUUUCCGGUAGGCCAAUGGCAUCGCAAGAAUACAAUUCUCUACCUCUGGCUAUUAGAUUCUAUUUAAAAAAAAUGAUAGAAAGUAUAGGAA